GGUGGUUAUAUCUUGCGAUAGCAGAACAUAUACUUAUAUACUCAUAUGCUGCGGGCCAAUAUGGAAGCGGCUAUUAGUAUUCGAGGCUUUAAGAUGAUAGGGGACGAUUAAAUUACAUCACUGGACCUACUAACCGGAUAGGGCAACUAUCAGGUACUGCCAGGUGCAGAGCACGGUUCCCGCCUUGCAAACUCACAACUACGUCCACGCUACUUUUCUUUGUUCUCUUGCUCUCUUGUUCUCUUGUUCUCUUGGGUACACCGCUUGUUAUCGUAGCUCUUGCUGGUUGGACUAUCCACUUGACACCUUACAGGCAGUAUAUGCAGAAAAGUCCCUUGGAAGCAGCCGUCUUACUGACCUUUUCAACCCCGCCUGUGCCCCUCCUGCGAAUGCAGCAUCAACCAUGGGGAAACCGCGGAUGAUCAUUUUGAUCCGCCAUGCCCAGUCAGAAGGCAACAAAAAUCGCGAAAUCCACCAGACUAUUCCCGAUCAUCGGGUAAAGCUCACUCCUGAAGGGCAUCGACAAGCCCAUGAGGCCGGUUCCAAACUGCGCGCUCUCUUGCGACCCGAUGACACGAUCCAUUUCUUCACAUCACCGUAUCGCAGAACCAGAGAAACCACGGAAGGAAUCCUUCAGUCGCUAACAUCUGAUUCUCCAUCUCCGUCGCCCUUUCCCAGGCACACCAUCAAGGUAUAUGAAGAACCUCGGCUGCGAGAGCAAGACUUCGGUAACUUCCAGCCAUGCUCUGCUGAAAUGGAGCGUAUGUGGCUGGAGAGAGCGGACUAUGGACACUUCUUCUACCGGAUCCCGAACGGCGAGUCGGCUGCUGAUGCCUACGACCGGAUAAGCGGUUUCAACGAGUCGCUGUGGCGACUCUUUGGGGAGAACGAUUUCGCCAGUGUUUGUGUCUUGGUCACCCAUGGUCUGAUGACCAGAGUCUUUCUCAUGAAAUGGUACCACUGGAGUGUCGAAUACUUUGAAGACCUUCGCAAUAUCAACCACUGCGAAUUCGUAAUCAUGAAACUCAAUGAGGAUAAUGGGAAGUAUGUGCUGCAGAACCAGCUACGCACAUGGUCAGAGUUGAGAAAAGAGAAGGAACUGGAUAGACAGCGAGAUCGGGUCGUGAAUACAAUCACUCCAGCGGUGCCAACACCAUCUGAGUCACUCGUGCCCAUCCGGCGUAAAUGGGGCGGUUGUCCGGACGGGUGUAACCAUGGCAUUCGCAGGAAAGGUUCUACACGGUCUAACCGAGCGAAUGGAACGGAUCUUGCCCGGAAUACUCUUGAUACUCAGCACAGAAGGGCCCACGACUCCAUUCAUACUCAUAACCAGUCACCACAAGAAAGCAGCAACGGCCAAGGAUUCUCAGCAGAACUGAAACUGCAGGUUGGGGAACAGGUUUUAACAGCACCCGAACCAGCGCUUGGAGACAGUUCCAAAGAAACAAGGCCAUUCACCAGUACUAUUCCUGCUCCCGCUCCACAAUACAAUUCCCUCGAUCGUAAAGAAACACCCAAUCUCCAGUCCACUCGAUCCGACUUUCCGCCAAAUGAACCCAACAGCAACAAUAAAGAGAGCAACUUCAACAACGCAACCACCAGGGCAAGCCCCAUCCCCAAACGUCCAGACCUAUCCAGGUUUCACCGCGACAGCGAGGACCACCUCCUGCAUCCCCCGCGAUCAAACUACGCCCUCCUCCACCUCAGUGGCCGCGACGGAGGCGGCACAUUAAGCGGAGCCAACAGUGUCACACCAUCGGAAGACGAGCGCGAGGACAAACCCCCUAAACCCACCACUCACCAACCAAAGCCCUCCCACGACCUAGGCAACGACGGCGAUGACGAGGGCAGCGGCACACAGGCACAGCGUCUCCGGCGCUCACGCUCUCACCACACCCACCACCGCCACAACCACCUAUCCACCCCAGGAAGACGACAUGUAUCCAAGAAACCACCCAACGACUACCCAGACAAAGACCGAAACCUAGACAGCGACCACCCAGACUCCUCAAUCGACCACGAAGAAGACCCAGACCCAGACUACCACGAACACAACGACAACGACGACGACGACCUCGAGGUGCAAAGACGAGAAGACCAAAGUAUCAGAGGAAGCGUCUACUAACCGAUGCCCACCACAUAUUUCCAUUACUCCAUUUUGCCCUUCUCUUGGAACCAAAACGUAAUACUUAGUUUACCCUACCUCAUUUGCAUCACGACAUGAAUACUGACGAUGAAAACUUAUCUUAUCUACUUCAUUGUAACGAGCAGCGACCUGUACACGUCUUUUUCCGUUCGUUUCAAAAAGACAUCGAUACCCGACGUUUUUUUUUUUUCCCUCAUACAUUUUCUACCUCUCUACCUCUUUUUAUGAUACAUAGAUACUACUACUACACUACAUACAUAGUUUCGAUCGCUUCGUACAUUAACUGAAUUGAACUAUUGCAUUUGUUA